GGGAAAAUUUAGUAACGUCGUGGCUUCGGUGAAAGCAAGUCGUAAAAGGCUGGUUUUUCGUAAACGGCACGGAUAUUCGCGGCGAAUUUUCUGCAAACAAGUUUCGAUUUUUCGGGUUGCGGUGCGUGCUUUAAAGGCAAAAGGGGUUUUUCUCGGAGGAUAGACUGUUUGGCGAUUUUUGGGUCGACGACCACCCACGCAGUUUCGCUAAACCGAUUGUCGCUAUUUUCGGUUGCCAAUUGGGUUGAUUCUUCGCCCCUCCUGCCACCCUUUACGUUCGGAUAUAAAUUGACAAAUUAUGUGAAAUGCUUUUCCGGUGGAGUUUUCCUUAUCGGCGUUUCCGGGAGCUGUCCGCGGGCGAUUCACAAAAGACUCAAGCUUAGUUAUUGAUUCCGGCUCUCCUGGAAGCACCAGUUUAUCAGUGUCCUGAUUUUGGGCAGGCUUGCUUUGUGACAGCAAGCACAGCCAGUGGUGGUUGUGGAAGGUUACAUCACCGAACCGAACAACUGAGCAUCCCCCGCGAUUCGUCCCCGUUCGCGCCACCAGCCACCAAAGCCAGUGUAACAACAACAGACCAACCGUCGAGCGUCGCGGGUCGUUGCUUUAUGUUGUGAGGUUUGUCUUCGCUGUCGUUUCGCCACACGAAUCUGCGUGUGCCGUUGUUGGCCGGUGCUGGCGGUGGUAGUGUGAGUGUGAUGUUUAACAGCGGAAAACAUCGGCGCGGGUGUUGGGUGAGUAGCAACGGCAGCAGCAGCCGCAGCACCCGACAGUGAAGAAGGCGCACGAAAAGCGCAGGGAAAAAAAGAGGUUUUUCUUUGAUUUAUUUCUCGCAAAUUACGAUUUCAUUGGCAAAAGUGGGUGUUCGAAGCAAAAAAAAGACCGAAUCAAAUCUGGAAAACAAAGGAAAAACUUCACAUAAAUUCGGUCUGAUGUAACGUAAAAUGAGAAAAAAUAGGCAAAACAAGAUUAAAAUAUAUAACCGUACACAAACAAAUGAAAACGAUUCGUGAAAACGUUGCUAUUUUUUUGCUUUGUGAAAAACAUAAAUAGAAAGGAAAAACAACAAUCCUUCGACAGUGAGGGUCGGUUUGGGUAGAUGAUUUAUUGGAACAAGUGUUUGUGCGAAUGAAUUAUUCGUAGGUCGGUGUUGCUGCUGGUGUGGCUCUACGAAGAAAUUCAGUGGUGUUAGAAAUUGAUCACUCGCGCCCUCCGGUCGAUUCGGGUGGAGCACUUAAAUGGAAGAAAAAUAAUAACCAAAAAGUCAAACCAAAUUGAGGUUGAAUUUUGGCCUCGGAAGCCAACCGAAUCUGUGUAGUGUCAUCUACAGAAAAAUAGAAGAAGAAAGCAGUAUUUUUGUUUCUCCUUUGGAAGAGCUGUCAUAGUCAAAGACCAGUCUCGACCCAGUAGCGCUUGACAGCGAGAGUAAGGUGGAUACGAUAUCUUGAUGCCACACGCGCGACCUCCGCUGGUGAAGAUCCAGUCGAGCAUCUUGCGGCGUUGCAACACACAACGGUCCCGAAUCGUUCGAUCAACCGAUCUCCGGACCAUAUUUUGACAGCUGACAGACGUGGAUAAGUUUCGUGCCGAUGUAAGUUCCUUCGUCGACUGGGAAUAUAUAUGCUAGCCUGUUCAUCAUUUUAGCUAAGGCCAGAUUUUGAAUAACGUUGCGUAUGAAAAGAACAACGCGGUACCGAGUGCUGGUGCUGGUGAAGGUGGUACAAAACGUGCGCACAGGUGCUUAGCUAGCGGAAAAUUGUUUUCUUGCGUCACGUUGAAGGAUACACGUGAGACAAUUGCGAUUCGAUUCGGAGCCUGCUGGAAGUGAUACCCGCGCCGCUAGCAGGAAUGGGCGCGCAGUAGGUUACCUUCUGGAAAGAUGCCUUCGCAGCCCGGGAGGAAAACUUGAAGAAUCGCCCAACGCGGAAGCGGUCCAGUGCUGUGUAAAAAAAAUAUUUUAGUUUGAAAAUCGGAAGAAACUUCAAGGAAAAGAAAGUUGGGGUUUUUAAAAUGGCCCGUGCACGUGAAGUGAAGGUGUGCCAAGCCAACCAGAUGGCGAAUGUGAUUUAUUCCUUGCUGGUGGUGAGUGUGUGCCUGGUCAGCAGCUCCGUUGGGGCUCACUGGGACCAUUCGGUGUUUCUGGACGACGACUACCGGCUGCUGUGGACUAUUUCGGGGUACGACAUUACCUUCGAAGUCCAAGCCCGUACACAUGGCUACAUCGGGCUGGGUUUCUCCAAGGACGGCACCAUCUACGGGGCCGAUAUCGUCAUCGGCUGGGUCGACCAAGGACAGGUUCAUUUUCAGGAUCGACACGUGAAAAAGAACGGCGACGGUCAGCCCCUGGUGGACUCGUCCCAGGACUACGUCCUACUGCUUGGAUACGAGAACCAGACGCACACGGUGCUGCGGUUCAAGCGGAAGUUGGACACCUGCGACGUGGCGUACGAUGUGCCGAUAACGAAUGACACCAUGCGCGUGAUCUUCAUGUACCACGACGAGGAACCGCACGGGUCCUCGUACACACCGGGGAGUUUGCCGGACCCGGCGGAAGCCUUCAAGCAGGCACGUUCGCUGUUCCUGACACAACGCGUGAAUCAGGCUCCAAUCAAGCUCGACGCCCGGAUGAAGAUCAUGGAGCUACGCAAUCAAGACGUCGAGUUGCCGCGGGCCGACAACACCCUGCACUGGUGCAAAAUGUUCAAGCUGAGCGAUAUCAAUCGUAAACAUCAUCUGAUUAGGUACGAACCGGUGUUUGAUUCGGCCUCCAGCGUACCCUACCUGAAUCACAUUAUUCUGCACGAGUGCCAGGGCUCGUCGCCGGAGCUGGAAAUCAUGUCCCGGGAGAACGGGCGACCUUGCUACCAAGCGGACCGAUCGAUACUGACGUGCAAUUCGAUUGUGGCCGCGUGGACCCGCGGUUCGGAGGGCUUUUCGUUUCCUGCCGAAGCCGGAUACCCGCUGGAUUCGAAUCAGGCCCGCUUCUAUCUAAUGGAGACGCACUACAGCAGCAGCGUGGAGUUUGGCGAAAGUGCAGUGAAUGCCGCCGCCUCUGCCUCCAUGGCAGCCGCUGCCAGCAAGAGUAAGGUGAUGGUGGACAAUUCCGGGUUGAAAAUUUACUACACCAGUGCGCUGAGGAAUCACGAUGCCGGAGUGCUGUCGGUUGGAAUGGACCCAAAUUGGAGGCAUAUCAUACCGCCUGGGCAGGACCACGUUGUGUCCGAGGGACACUGCGUCGGCGAGUGUACCCAGCGAGCGUUUCCACGUGACGGGAUUAAUAUUUUUGCUGUUAUGAUGCGGACGCAUCAAAUUGGCAGGCAAAUCAAACUGAGGCAGAUCCGCUACCGGGAGGAACUUUUGCCAAUCGCGCACGAUAGAAACACGGAUUACAACUAUCAGGAGUAUCGAAGGCUAACAUCUCCGGUAAGGGUGCUUCCGGGUGAUCGACUGAUUGCCGAAUGCAUCUACGAUAGUUCGGGACGAGCAGCCAUCACUCUGGGUGGGUUGACCACUCGGGAGGAAACCUGCCUGGUGCUAACCUUGUACUUCCCGAGGCAGAAAGAACUAACAACGUGCCACUCGUUGCCCAGCCUACCAACGGUGCUGCAUUCGCUGGGAAUCAACGAGCUCGUUCCCGGUUCGAAUCCGGUGCGGAUCGCCUCCCCGACGGAACUUUCCGGCAUGACGCUAGAGACGCGUCUCAUCUCGUACGACUGGCGAAACAACUUCAAAAGUUUUCAGUACGUAACGCGUAAAGGAUCCUUCAAGCCACUCUGCUGGAGUGCGAAAAAUCAACCAUUGGCGGGCACCGAAAGCCUGGACGGCUUCGCACCGAACAUCACCAAAUCGUACAAGCUGGCGAAAUCGUGCAGCUUCAAUCGGCCGCCGGCCGGUGCCGCUACCGGCGGAGGUCCGAACGUUGCCAACGUGCACUUCCAGAACCGAAAUCACUACGUAACCGAGUCGGAAACGAACGUCGACCUGCCGCUGGUGGAGGACGACGAGCUGGACGACAACAACGUGAUAGAGGGUGCCGCCCGGAGUAAAGUGUCGCGCAGUUCGGCCACCGAGUCGAUGGGUCUGAGUGGCGCCUCGCUGGCCGGGAUCCAGUGCCAGAUGGUGGCGUAUCUGCUGUUCAUCAUCUUCCUGAACUCGUUCCGGAUAGCGUAAACCGCGGCGAUGCCCUGGGUUCGUUUCCUUUCCGUUCCUCGGGUCGGGUCGGGUUGAUACGUGGGUUUCCGCUUUCUGGUUUUUGGAAAGCUUGUAACUUUUCUACCCACCCCCUUUAGAUGUAUUUUCGGUGUUCGGGAGGCAAGCGGUAGAGAGAAGGUUUAGAACCAUUUAACAAUAAGUAGGCAACAAAUUGCACACUGACUGUGGAGACUGGUGUUCCAGCUAAAAAAUGUGGUACUGAUAAAGUUUUUUUUGCUACGUCCUCUUACGAGGAGGUCGUUGUCCGUGAAGGACCAAGAACAGGUGAUGAUAGCAGAAGGGGGAAAUUGUGUAAAUAGUUCAGAGAAAAGUAAGAUGGAAAAAAAGUUAUUUUUAAAUGGAGAAAAUAUCCUCGAAACUUUUCCUUUCGACUGUUUUUCUUUGCUUUUGUAUAAAACAGUGAUCCGUUAACGAGAGAGAGAAAUAGAGAGUCCAUAACCUUAAGCAAGAUGCCACCCUGAAAAUUCGAAAAAAUGAGAUAAAACAUAGCAUUAGUGCGAAGCCAGAGGUCGCAGAAAACAGCUCAGUAGUAUGAUAACUUUAAUGAAUAUACUUUUAUAAUGGCAAAAGUUAAGUCAAGCCGGAUCUUGGGGUAAAGUGUUUUGUAAAUAGCAGUCCUAUUUGUCCACUGUGUGUAACCCAAUGCAAUGGGGCAGAGCUGUUUGUAAAUAGUGUUUUUGUACCAGAAGCAACAAGCCUGGGAGGACCCUUCUAGCGAAGCAACAUUGUAGCAGAUGUAAAUUUUAGUGUCGUUAAACUAAGAAAUGAUGCCGUACUACGUAGUCUAGUCAGUAGCGAGAUGAUGAAACUGGUCUAAUUUUUUUUGUUAUAGCCUCUAUACACACUGUUUUCUUGUUUCUGCUGUUUCCUGUAUGAAAAGUAAGACAGACGACGUGCCCGUGGAGGGACGUCAUAGGUUUCCACUUUACCCGCUUUGUUGAAAUGUCUUUUUAAAGAAAGAGAAAGAGAAUUAUAACAAAAAAAAGUUUUACUCGGUAGUCCAUUGAAGAAGGAACUAGAGCCUGGUGUCUUUCUGCUACGAAACCGAAACAUUAAAGUAUACAUACUAGGAAAGUAGAACAUCCCUCACCGAAUCCACCGUAGAUACCAGGAGUAGGAUACGAAAAGUGGUAAAUAUGUUACCAAUGUGUUUUGCCUGCACAUAGAGAAAGAAAGAUAGAUAGCGAGAAAGAGGACGAGUGAGUGAGAGAGAGAUAGAGAGUAACUUAAAGGGAGAGACAAUCAUAAACCUGCCAGCCGGUUGAAAAGCAUAGAAAGAAACAAUCUGGAAUUUAUGAGGAAAAUGAGAAAAGUUUAUUUUUGCGAAAGGAAGGAAACUGUGUCAGCACUUUUCAGUCUGUCUGCGAAGUUGGUGUGGAAUGGGGCAAGGAAACGGUUUCUCGGUUCCUUAACUACGUACGUACUAGCAAGAAGAGAUACCCUCAUAAUUUGUUCAGUUCUUGGGAUUGGGUUGUUUUCCCUCUUCUUCGCAGGAAAGUGUUUGAUUCCACAUGAUGGAAUAAUUCACGGUUCAGGUAGUGGAGCCUGGGGUAAGUGUAAUGUAUCACCGGGUGAAAUCACACGUAUAGAGCCGAGAUGCGGGUGCACGUUUUAAAGAGCAACAUAAAGCAGGUUUACGUGACUUGAAUCGUUCUUGUGACCUAGGUUCGAGCACGUGUAGUGCUUGGUAGAUUAGUCGAUGAAUUUUUUAGUAAUAUUUCAGUUUAAUGAACAGCUAUUUUUCAGCCAUUGAUUUUGUAUGGAAUAUUGAAUUGAAUUUCGAAAAUCGCAGUCGUCUUUGCUCGGGCAAUAGUUUAAAAGUUCAAACGGAAUACUCCAUCAAUGAAGAAGCGUCAAUUCUUGGAUUAGAAAGUAUGCCAAGCUAUUCAUGGCUUUCUAUGGUGAGUGGGGUGAUGUUGUCGCGAUAGCCAACAAACAAUUAUGCUGGAUAAUGGCUUGUCCAGUGCUUGGUCCGCUUGUACCUCAGCGUUGAAACUUUUUAAAUUGUCUCUGACAUUGCUAGGGUUGCCACCACUCCGGGUUUGACACGGAAACUCCGGUUUUCGGGAGCGGUCUACCGGCAUCCAGGUUUCACAUAAAUUUCUCCGGGUUUGGUGGGAAGAAGCAUGAUUUCAUUUUUUUUAAAUUAAUUGAUUCUUUGCAAAAUAUUUAAAAAGUCUAAGUAAAGUAUUACUCUGGUUCAGAUUUAUUUUGCCCGACUAACCCUUCAUUUCAAGGUGGCGGAGAUGAGUUCGCAAAAUAUCGCUGAUUUCUUUCACAAAGCUAUGAAAAUGAAAAACAAAUCAAAUUUACUACAAAUAAAGGAAAGUAAUAUUUCCUAUAUGCUACAAUUGAAAUGUAGCAUCCCACAAUGGUGUAAAAAAGAUAUUUUGCUGCAAUUUUACCAAAUCACUUUAUAAAGUAUGGCUGAUUUGUUCUAAUCCAACUGACCAACUGGCAGAUUUGUUUUAAACCCAACUGACUAAGUCAACAUCAAAUGACUUCUUUUCGUGUUGUUGCUACUCCUGCAGCGCCCCUUAAACUGUUGGCUAGGGAAGUGAGUUUUGCCCCUUUGUUGCGUCCUAUGAUGCCGCAGCCCUGCCUCCUUUGCUUUCCUUUUCCUCUAAGUUAUGGAGGAGAGCAAUGCUCGUUCGACGUAUCCACCACCGCGAGAGUAGCCGGUGCCUUUGUAUUCUGGGUACUUAGCCAGAGAGGUGAAAUACUACACCAGAUUAAACCGACAAAUCCGUUCUCAAACGGAAAAAAUUCGCAGCUUUCUUUACUGUAACGUAGUAAUAAAAAGUGAUUAAAGUGCCUUGUUUUGACGUGAGUAUCAUAACAGUUCCUCGAUGGCGGAGUGGUUAACUCACCCAACUAGAGAUUCCUGCUUGAGGACAUAUCUUUUCUCGGUGUUUCCAAUAAAAAGGUAAAUUUUCACAGUUUCUUCAUUCUCACCAUUCCGGUCAUUCCUGUCUGUUUUCCAGAUUAAAGUGCUCUAAAACGCCGAGCAAUCGCUUAGAUUCCAAUUUUUGUCUAGUCCCAGGUCAGUGAGAAUCUCCGGGUCAAAGCCUCUCCAGAGGUGGCAACCCUAGACAUUGCGUCAGUGACGGAGCAUUCUAUUUGAUCUAUAGCACUGUGAAUAUGAUUAUUGGGAUUGUUGCGUUGCGUAAGCACGGUAUACUUCGUAGAUUGCAGACUCUCAUUUCCAGCCAGACUACUUGAGGAGCAUUGUUUGGGAAUAACAAUUGAUCCAGUCCAAGCGAGAAUUUCGCCUGAGAGCCACCAUUGCGGGCCACGACCAUCUUUACCGUAACUUGGGAUGAGAAAGGAAGUGUUGAUGUGGUACUUACUUAACGGAAGGCCCCGACUCAGUGACACUCCCAUAAGUACCACGGAUUGGGUAGUGGGUGGGUUGUUAGUUAGAAUUCGCUUCAAGCAAGCGAUGCGACUGAGAAUAUAUUUUCGUGCAUGUUUGAAUAGUUGAUUGACUGUAGGAUACGUAAAUCUUGUAGGCGUUUAAACUCUGGGUAAUCGUUUAUCGAGGUUGUUCCAUCAAAAACAACUUGAUCUCCGGACAGCCGGCUGUCGGGAGUGUUGAGUGUUAAACAAUGAAUUUAAAAGUGGUAUGCUGGAACAUUCAUAAAUUAUGUCACGCAAAGAUUACCCAAUACUAACUAACUCUCUGUUAUAUUACCACGUUAUUUUGCCACUUAAUUUAAUACGACUCAAAUGAUUUUAAUUUUUCUUUCAUUUUGUAGUAGCACAUUAAUGCCCCUACUCGCAAAAGUGUUCAUGUUCUGUGGAAUUUCCUAUAUACAUGGCGCAAUCGUGCGUAAAACGGCCGAUUGCGUCAAAGUACAUAAUGUGCUCCCCUCCCAUUCAUGUCACAAUUAGUCAUAUCUCUUCCUCCUAAUAGCGUGGCAGAAUUUAUAAAUGGUCCUUAUUGGUAUAAUCACAAGCAUAUUGAGAUCCUGUAACUUGAAACUUUCCAUCUCGUUCGAGUAAACGUUCCGAUCCCUAAACGAUAUUAACAUCAUGCACGAAUCAAACACCCCCCGUUUCCAAAUAGUACGAACUUAUUCUUAGCUCAUUAUAAUUGACCGAUGAGUUAAUGGACUAAAAGUAAAACAAUAAAUAUGACCAUAAAACAUUUGUUCCUCGUGCUGAAAUGAUUGCCACAAAUUGGUAAUUGUAGUUGAAUUGAUCUUGCGAAUUGUCAAUGCUCCACCCUCAUACAUAAUUCGAAAGUCAUUCACUCAUACAAGACCAUGCGUAUUUCCCACACGCAUUAAAUACCCAGUAGAUUCGUUUCCUAGUUGGUCAAAUAAACACUAAACAAACAAAUAAAUGAGUUUGCUCAGUCUAAAGAAAUGUCAGCUCGAUUGGCAUCAACCGGCGGAUACGUGUUCCCUUACAAUGCCAUCAAAUGAAAGCACAUUUAAAAUUACAUACGACAAAAUAUGUGCCAUUCAAAAUAAAACUUAGAUUUCUUAAUUAUUUGCAUUUGAAAAACGAUCUGAAAAAAUUAGUUGCAUAACCAAGGGUGUUUAUUUUCAAAGAUAGCACUGCUGAUGAAACACUUUAUAAAAAAUGGUGAUAAGAGACGCGGACGAAAAUAGCUGACCACCGCCAACAGCACUGUGAAUACGGUUUUUGGGAUUGUUAGAAAUAAACUUAACAAUAGUUUUUGUCUCAUUUAGAUUCACCAGACUCUCACAUUUGGUUGUACAUGUGGUCGGAGUUAAGUCAGAUCGGAUUAAGUUGCAAAAUAUCAAAAAGUGAAAUAAUUAUAUCAAUGGAUAAAGAAUUUCUUCGGGUACAUUUCACUUUAGCCAGAAUUGUAAUAUGUUACAAUAAGUAUGAAAUAUGGCAAAAAUUAUUUUGGAAUUAUAAUGUAAAGGAUGAUGUAAUUCAAAAUUUAAAGUCGUUUUUUCGAAAUCAACACGAUGUCAUUUAGUCCGGUCUGACUUAACACCGACCAUAUGUGGAUAGAAAUUGAUUGGUUAUUUUAUUAUGCUUUAUUUACAGCAAAAAGCGAUUGGAUGAUGUCAGAAUCCAGGAAAUGUCUAUAAAGUUUGAGGUAGCCUGUAACAACUUUUGACAAUUUCUAUAAACUACAAAGUGUUUCUGUUAAGUUCAGGUUCAUCUUCAAAAACACUGAAAAUCCUUUAAAGAUAUGUUAGCAAAAAAUUAAAACUGCAAAAGUUAUAUUAAACAUUUAGUUCUUUAUGAAAUGACCCUUAGUAAAGCUAUAGUUUCGUUUUCAUGAUAACAUUUUGCACUUUACAAGCGUUUUCUGUUAUUUCAAAUAGUGGGUGGGGAAGUCUUUUAAAAUGUGAAAAUUACCUUCUUAAUAGUUCGAUAUAGAGCUUCGCACUCUUUUAUAAAAUUUUUAAAAUCUUUGUCAAAGAGACUGGAGCUCCUAGUCUUUAACUUUUUACUUUACACGAGUUUUCGCCAAAAAAAUAAGGUGUUUCUAAAAAAAAUGUUUUAAUUAUAUAAUUUUUGCAGAUUUGGUUUUUCGUUAGGAUGACUUUAGAAAUAGUUUCAGAUAUUUUGAAGCAGAACAAUUUGUUUCAAUGUACCAAAACUUUUUUUUAUUCGUUCUUAAAAAUUUCGUAAUUACAUUUCAUUAAUUUUAUGCCUACUAUGUUUUAACGGCCUGAGCUGGUUAUGUCGAUUGAUCGCGGGAAGAAUCCUAGCAGCUCGGCUGAGAGCGGCGAAUGGCCCCCUUGAGGUUACCUCGGGUCCCGUUGCUGGGCCUGUAGGGUGCUGAUGGGGAGUUCGUUGGGUUACUAGUUGUUUGGGUCAUGGACGACCUCUCCUUCACCGUGAGGUUGUGGCAGAGGGCCUAUUGAUGGUGUGGUCAUGGUGUGUUCCUGUUUGGAUGCUUUCGAAGAGUCCGGUUUCGCUGAUCUAGGCCGUGGGAAGUCUCUCCAGCACCCGCUAGGGGGUGUGACAGAAGGUCCACCGCGGUUUUUUUUUGGCCCAAACCUGCGAUCUAUUAAUUACGCAUAUAUCGUUAAAUUUGAAUCAAUGAUGCCUUCGCAGGAAUUUGUCAACACUAUAAGCCCUUUCAUAUAGUGUUGAUAUUUUUAUGAUUAAUCUUCCUAAAAUCUCCUGCAAGCGUAUGUAUUAAAAUUAUAUCUAUGGCAAUAUUGUUGAGCAAGCCUUUGCCAACAACUUUACUGAAGACAAAAAGUCUUUAUCUUUAGUAUCUUCGAUUGCUGAUUGUUUUUGGAUGAUCCCUUCAAAGUCAAUUCAAUAAUACAACUUUUUAAUUUUAAUACAUACGCUUGCAGGAGAUUUUAGGGAGAUUAAUCAUUAAAAUAUCAACACUAUAUGAAAGGGCUUAUAGUGUUGACAAAUUCCUGCGAAUCAUUCUGACAAGUUCGAGAUGUUCCGUAGAAAGCUUUGAAUUAUCAUAAUGAAAAUUUUUCUAUAUUAUAAGAAUGGCUUAUCUUGUGUAUUCUUAAAGUAAUUUGGCUAUAAUAAGUAAAUAAAGUGUGUCAAAUGGGGAUUGGUUGUUAUCAGGAAAACGGCUGAGUUGACGUCAAUGGUGAUUUUGGACUACUCAUCAAAAAUAACAAGGUUUAUCAUUUGCUGUUAUGAUUUUCGUUUCGUUCGUCGUAAAAGUUGUGUAGAUUGCUUCUUCUUUCAAUGAUUAAGAUGUUAUAGCUCGUUAUAUUUGGUUGACCCCCUGAAAUAUAUAUUUUAAAAUAUGUGUUCUAUUAUCAUUCCUACGGGUUUCAUAUAUUCUACGAGAUCCAAGUAUCGUCAAAAUACACAAUUUUUAUUUACGUAUAAUUUUUCUUAUCUCGAGUAUUUUCGACAAUAUUUGACUUUUUUUUAAAAAAAACAAUAGUUUUUUUGAAAUCGUCUAUAACUCUACUGGAGACAACGAGAGACAAGUGAACUCUAUUGAAUUUCCUUAGUGUUGAUGUAUCAUUUAUAAUUGCAAUCAGAGUUGGAGAACAUGCCGAAGUUUAAUCCAUGAUAUUUAAGAAGUUAUGUUGAAUUAAAACCUGGAAGGGGUCAUUCACAAACAGCGGUCUAUAAGUACUAUAAAUAGGAAUUUUUGGUCUUCAGUAAAGACGUUCGCAAAAACAAAUUCUUUGAAAUUUCUGAAUACUUUCUUUAUCUUGAUUUUCAUACUUUAAAAAAAUGUAGCAAAUAUCUCACUUCAAGGGGGAUCAAUCACUAUAACUAUAUCUUCAAAAUAAAGGUUUUGGAUCAUCAUAAAACAACCUAGAAGAAAUCAUUGCUGUACACUUUACCGUUGGCUAGUACAUUCCGUAUUGAUUCUACCAGGUCAUAUUGUCGCUGGAGGACCUGAAGCUCUCGGCAGUUGAAGAGGAGAUGUUCGGCAGAGAGUAGGGUGUUGCAAGAUACACAGUUCGGCAUUGGUUCCCUGCACAUGGUCUGGGCGUGGGUCAGUCUGAUGUAUCAAGAGUCGGGAGAGUAUUCUUUGCUCUUUUAGGUUUGCUCGGUCGGUCCAAAUGUUCGCUGAUUCCUUGACCUUCUGUGUAUGGCCUUGGGAUCUCCGCCAAUGGUUGGUGAAUCCGUGCCGCAGAUUCAAGCUGAACUCUCUGUGGAUGUUGUUGGUUGUUGAGAUUUCGUCUUGAAGGCGGUCUCGUGCUCGUCUGCUGUGGUUGGCAUCUAUGUUCCCUUUGAUAGUACUGUGGCAAAGUACCCAGCACAGUGUAACCAGUGGGUCUCGGUACGCCUCGUUGGCCUGCACAAAGUGAUGGGUGGUCGUUCCGGAUGCGAUGUCCCUCAGUACUGACAGGGAGUCAGUGAGCAAAAUUGUGGCUUCGUCUGUGUUCCUUUUGGCCAUUUCCACAGCAAUGGCUGCCGCUUCCGCUGUGAAAACUGUGCAAGAGGAGGGAAAAUGGAAAGAGAGUCCGCUUCCCAAUCUGCUGAUUCCCGCUCCGACGUCAUCAUCCGCAUUAGAGCCGUCGGUGUAUUCUUUGAGAUCUUGUUGGUACUUGCGGUUGAUGAGUUCCCUGUGUCUCGAUAUAAUGAUGCUCGGGGGUUCAUCAACCUUUAUUGUGCGGGUAAGGAUGUCGUUCAGGGUCGUACCUCACAGUCUCACGCGAUGCAGUCGGGCGAUGGUUGGGAGGGGCUUGUUGGUGAACUCCUGGUAGAUGUUGGCUGUGAGAAUGUGGUAUUCGUUGCCCACUGUCUUCUCGAGGAAGUUUGGUGCCCUUUUAAGAGAUACCUUGGCUGCUUCCCAGCACUCCGGUUUCGACAGAGGGUACUUUGGGCAGGGGUGUUUGUUAGUAAUCCGGAUGCUAACCGCACCGUUCCGUGGUAUAGUGAGCAAAGGAUAGUGGAGAGCCCAUCUAAGUUUCGGCACGUGAAUUCGAUCUCGUAGAAUAUUUAGCUAUUUAUUAGGGAUUAGGGAUGUAGUUCUACGGAUAUUUUUGGGCUGACGGGAGCAGAUAAGGCGGACCAGCUUCUUUCUGCUUUCACAGUCCUUUCUUUUCUUCGGAAGUGGGACGUCGACGUAAGUUACCUGUCGAGGGUAACUUCGAGGAUCACUGGUCAUUCCGAAAGGGUACAAAAGUGUCGUUGCGGUGGAUUGACUUGCAGGUGGCUAGGUGGUUCGUGCCGCAGCAGUGAGUAAUAGUGCAUUUUUCGACGGAGAUGUUGAACCCUGCGGCGAGUGCCCAUUGGCCGACGGCGGUGGCGGCCGCCUAUAACGAUAUCCGAGUACGCAACAAGGUUUUCCCCAGGGCCACCAGGUUGAUACCACAGCAAGCAUGGAGCCUUGCGGCUCUCCGUUGGGAUAAGGUCCCGUCUAUAUAGAUCCGGAAGCGGCAGUCGGUGAGAUAAUUUGGAUGAAUGUGCCGAGGUUUCCCUGUAGACUUCAUCAUUUGAGAUCUUGGAGCACGCCUUCUUGCCACACUGUGUUGUAGGCUUUUGCUACGUCGAGGAUGACGAUAUUGGCGUGUAGGUUUUCUAAUAUGGCCUGUUACCGGUUAUCUAGUACGGCUCUCUUAGCCCUCGAGGAUUGCUUUCCGAGACCCGGAAGGGAAAUCGAUCUAAACCCCAAGCUACUGGUCAGACCAACGGGCGCGAAAGACCUCUUUGGGUCCUCGAGUCCCAGGGUCGUUGAAGAGGUGAUGGGGAGGCGUUCGGACUUUGUUAAUAACGAUAUUUGGGGGUUAGUUUUAAACGUUCUAUUACUCAUUCUCAAACACAAGAUGACGACGAUUUUAUGGUAGCUGGUUGAGCACGGCGGUGGCUGUGACGGUGGUGAAACGGGCCGAUGGGAGCGAAGCGGGAUUCAUAGCGGAACGGUUACAGGCGGCUGGCGGGUGAGUGGCUUUGGUUCUUGUAGCGAUGGCCACUUGUUACAAACGACGGUUUACCUUCAUCGUAGCAAGCGGCGGGGCAAUGCGAGGGCCUACGUUGGGUAGCGGAUAGUUGCUUCUAAUUACGACCGCGAGGCGGACGGGUUUCUCCAGAGGCACGAAUACCGGGUAAGUUGACGACUUCCUGGACACAAUCUAGCGCGGUCCGCAGACCACCUCGUCCUUGGCGAUUGGCAGAUGGAAGUUUUGGCGAAAUUUACCACCAGGAUCUGCGACGACGACCUCCUUUUCGUAUUAGCCGUUCCGACACAAGGCACGAUUACGGCGAGAAGUCUCUUUGUCCAGUCUUGACUAAACUCCACGUUUAUCAGUGAACCUAUCCUAUCAGCCUACCUAGCCGUCCUUAAAAAACUUUUACUUGGUUGAUAAAACGAUGCGUUCACUUCCACGGUCUAGAUACAAGAGAGCUAGUGUAAUUUUCUUGGCUCCCACUAGGCUUUCGAUCCUCCUCUUUCAGUCCUGUUCCCUUAUCCAGCAUCCGGUCCACUCGUCUAAUUUUUGUCAUCUCAUUUUCUCACUCCCCAAAAGCUGGGGUUUUUAUUUUGCUUCCCACUGGUUUGCAUCGCCGCGAGUAAAUAGGGUUCUAAAACCUCCUCCCUACUCCCGCGCAUACCAAAACGUUGAAAAUUGCUAUUUUGUUUUCUCGCGAUAAUUUUGGUAAAGUGUAACACUUCAUGGUUACAGGCCUUGUCGACCACUUCCCCGAGGGAUCUUAGGUGGGCUCCUUUUCCGAGUCCUUUUCGGAAAGCAAAUUGACGAGGGUCAAGGAGUUUGUGCUCUUUCAGCCACGUAGUCAGUCGCCGGGUGUCCAUCCUUUCCAGAGUGUUGGCGGUGCAGGAGAGCAAGCUGAUUUGCCGGAAGUCGUUAGUGGUACGGCUGCCCAGGCAUUUUUUGGGAAUGAGUCCAUGGGCCAGUUUCCUUUCUUCUGGGAAGGACCCGAAUUCCCAGAUUGCACUGAAAGAGUCCUUAAGGGCCCUUUUCCCUCCGGUACUGAGGACGGUGGUGAGUUCCAUUACAGUGAAGGGUUUUUUGUAGGAAUUAGGCAUGAACGUGGUCGGAGACAACAAGCUUUUUAGUCUCUUUAAGUACUGGACGAAGGCAGCAGGCAAGACUUCGUCAGCGGAUAAGCAUUGGAAGUGGUGUCCUAUCCGAUGGUGGUGCUGCCGUUCAGUAUCACUCCGUCAACUUCUUCGAUGAGUCGGAUGAAUUCGUUGUCUCUCUGACAACAUUUGUCCCAGUCCCAAGCCGUAUGGUGGGCGUUAAAGUCCCCCAUUUCGACAAACGAGGCGGGCGUCUGAUUUAUCAAGCUGGAUAGUUUGUUUCUGAUGUUGGUGGUUACCUGGGGUAUGUACAAGCAGACUAAGGAGCAGCGAAUGGGGUACGAUAUUCUCCUUGCGACCGUGACCAGUUCGGUGUUUAGUUGUAGAUGCGUUGAUAACAACUCUGUCUUGAUGAUCUUCUUGGCCGCAAUGCUGAAGCCAACAGAUUCGGCCCAUCGCCCAACAGCUAACAGACGACUGGAUCUUCCUCCUGGUAUGUAGCUUUGGAUGGCCUUUGGCAACAAUGACUCUGUCAUCCGCAUAAACGAAAAUAAAUUCCCCGAUCUGAAGUGCUGCGAAUAGUGAAUUCUUUCCCACUAGGAACAACGUAACGGCGAUAACAGAUCCCUGGUGGACCCCGUUGACUUCGCAUAAUUCAUCAGAGACUCUUCCACCAAUUUCAACUCUUAAACGCCGACUGUUCAUAAACUUAAUUCUCCUCCUCCGGAUGCUUCCACUUAUUCCCCAUUCAUGUAGUUGGCGCAGUAUAUCUUCUCUCCAGACACUGUUUUAUGUUUUGGCGAUGUCGAGUAUCACUAUAUCCGCUGUGGAUCCCAUCCUGCCUCGCUCCCUAUAGUACUUUGCUUAGUUACCUGGUCCAAGACCUUUCCUAAAUGAAAAUUACCUCUUGUUCAGGAGUUGGUUAUCCCGCAGGAAUGACACAAGCCUGCGAUGCACCAUCCUUUUGAGGAUUUUAGCUGUGCAUGAUACCAGGUUUAUCAGACGAUAACCACCCGCUUCUCUAUUUCCUUGAAUUCUUUUUGAGAUUUGUAUCGCCAGUAACUUAGGCGAAUCGUCAGGAAAUUGACUGUCUUCCCACAACCUAGUAAAGCUGUUUAGUCAAGAUUUCUUUGCUAUUGGUGGUAGAUGUUGAAGAAGAGGAUACGUCCAGUCUGGCAGAUUUGCUUCUGACCGUGCUUAAGGCUAUGCGAAAAAAACUCUAUUGUACAUUUCGUUGGGUGCGGAGGCGAAGACAGUUGGUAUUGUCUUGAUAACCUUCUUCUUUUUUAAGAAGUUCAGUGGAAGCGUCUUGUCUGAGGAUGUUUGCUGAAAAAACUGACCGUGAUGAUUGACGAUCUCCAUCGGAUCAAUUGUGGUUACUCCAUUGCUUGUUAUUGGGUAUCCUGUGUGUCUCCAUUUGUCAUUGAUUGCAUUAGUUCUCCUCCACAUUUCCGCUGUCGUUUAGUUUAGUCCGAUGCCGUCUAGGAAGGCAGCCCAACUGUCGUCUUUCGCUUCCUGUAUUGGUACGUGACCUUCGUUACUUUUUUUUCGAAAUUUAGUCUAUCUUGCGUUUCAUUCUGGAUACACCCAAAACGAAUCUUUGAGAGCGGAAAUGUAUCUGUUUUUUUUCGCUCUCGAACUGUGAGCGAUAAGCUCCCAAACGAUGCGUUAGUGUUCAACCAACCUCAUACUUGUGCAAUACAAUAUCGUACCACAUAGCUACACGCUGUUGGCUCAUGCAGUGCAGAGAUAACUUGAAUAACACAUACCAUCGUCUCCAUGCUGUCCCAUUUGUGAUGAGAAGUUUGCUGCAAUGAUGAGAAGUUAUAUAUAUUUAUAUAUAGCUCAUUCGAACUACUCAUUAUGUGUCCUUAUGGCCUAAGGUGUAAAGUAGGCGUUUUACCGAGUAGAUGUUUGUUGGUUCCAGUUCUGACGCUACCCGGUAAUCUUUUUUUCUAGUUAGGCUUAUUUCCCAACACAUACAUACAAACGAAAUAUUAAUAACAGCGGGGAAAUGGUACAAAGCAAAAUGCGUCAAUGACCAUGCUGAAAUACCGACGGUGGGGAGGCAAACGAUAUUAUCGCAUUCAUCAUUAGUGUGAAGCUUAUAUAUGUCAUUUUAAUAUUGCACCAGUGUGUCGUCAUGGUACGGGUAGUAAAGAGGUGUUUUUACCGAAUAGAAGUUUGUCGGUUCUAAUCUAGAAUCUGAUAUCAGGAUUUUUUUUACUGGAAGUUUCAGGUCACUAGCUAUUUAUAGCAGCGGAGAAAAGAAUGAAACAAAACAAAAUACAAUGCAGCAACAAUGAUGAUGAGAUUGCUUGUGGUGGUUGGGUGGGGGGUUCCUGAUUCCUGGGUGGGGGGAAUGUAAGGUGUAGAAGAAAGAUACGAAACCAAAUACUAACAAAGUUUCCUUGUAUGUGAGUGUGUGUCAUCGUUUUUUUUUCUUUUCGUGAGCGUUGUGCUCAUCUUGAAUUGUGCGCGAACAGCUCAAUGUUCAAAAAGGAUUGCUUUUGGGAACGAGAUUGUGAGCCCAAAAACAGAAAAUCUGACCGCGCCGUUUUGGGUGUAUGUUUGUUUUCACACCCUGUGAAAACCCUUAUGCUACCCCAGCUAAGGGUUUGUGCAUUGGGCCGAAGUCCCAAGGGUUGCAGGUUCGAAUCCUGCCUCGGGGGUGAUUUUUUCACAUAACUGCUUUUGUUUAACUUGCCAUUUCGAUUUGUUCUCCCUGUGGUAUAUCACCAAUGAAGUCAUAACCAACUAUUGAAUCAGAGUGUGGAUAGAGGAGAAAGCAACAAUUGAAUCACUAGGUGGUUUAAAACAGGCUUUUACUUUACAACUCACUCGGAAUCCACAUUGAUUUUUUGCUGACUUCAACGAAACAUAUUCAGUGGAAGCAAUUUCUCACAACUCUUGCGAAAAUAUCUAAAAAAUAUCUAAUAUCUAAGAACUGACGAAUAUUUAUAAGUAGAGUUCAACUGUGACGGUUUACUGUAAAUUUUACUUCUAUUUUGACGGCCUCGUCAGUUUUUAAAAAAUGGUGCCAAACAGCACCGACGUGUCCAAAUAUUAAAAUUCAUUUCACUCACCAUUUAAAGACAGAUAAAGCCGUUAAAAACAAAGUAAAAGCUACACUAAUAACUGACAAAAUCGAGGAACAACUGCAUUCCAAUAAAUCAUAGCGGAUCUCGCUUCAAUUUUUAUUUUUUUAAAAAGCCACAUCAGCUGUAAUAGAGACCACACCCUCAUCUGCAAACUGCCUUAGCGUAAAGGAAUUGACAAGCCUUUCGGCAAUGUCAUUCAAGUAAAAGUUGAAGAGACGGGGACUAAGACAUGAGCUCUGGGGAAGGCCAUUGUAGCUAAUUAGUGAUGUCGAUAAAUCACCAAGUGAAAAAUGCAUGUGUUUUUGAGACAAUAAGUUUAGCAAAAAGUUGUUUUAUUUUUAGUGAAAGACCAAACUGGUGCUGUUUCUCAGAAGGAAUGUUGUUAGAAACUCAAUCCAAAGUCCCUUCAAUAUCCAGCAAAACCGAUGCCAUCUGCUCUUAGCUUGCAUAGGCCAUUUGAAUUUCUGUUGGGAGCAACGCAAGACAAUCGUUCGUCCUUUUGCCUUUGCGGAAGCCAAGUUGUGUAACUAACAGUAAGCCAUUUGCUUCGACCCAAUUGUCGAGGCGAAACAAGAUUAUUUUCUCGAACAACUUUCGGAUACAGGACAGCAUUGCAAUCGGUCGAUACGAUUUGUGGUCGGAGAGCGGUUUUUCUGGUUUCAGAUGGCGAUGACCUUAAUUUGCCUCCUGUCAUGAGCGAAACAAAACAAAACAAAGAAACGAAUCCUGGAGAGAAUAACGAGACAGUCAAUAUUGUUCGACAACAUAUCGAAAAUUAAUAUUAUUUGUUCUCCCUGUGGGAUAUCAAAUGAUACGCUGCGCCCUUGGUACCGAUUCGUGCUUAUAAACUGCUGGUCAAAUAAUUAGUAGGCAUCCGUUUCCUUCCUUCGCAAAGACACCUGAAAUGAGUUAGAAGACACCUGGCUAAUGCUAAUAUAAAGAGUGGGCUACUGCGCCCAUCGAUUCGUUCACAAAGGAUUGAGCAAUACAUUGGUUGAAAGUGAAACUCGGCAAAAAAAGAAUGAAGUAAACUGAUUGCAAGUUCGGACUACCGGCAGUCAAACUUGCAGUGUUAACGAGAAAGAAUUUGAAGAGAAGAAGUAAACUGAAUAGAACUAUAAAAUUUAUUUUAUAUAUUUUCUACCAUGGGAAGAAACUAACGAAAACACACAGAAAAAAAAUCAUACAGAAAGAGGAAAAGAAAUAUAUGCAAAUGUGAUAUCGUAAAUUAAAACUAAAUAAAUGAAUGAGCAUUAAGUGGUUGUAAAUACGUUUUGUAGUGAACUAUUGUAUAGAAAAGUGGGAAAGCAAACCCUCGAAACCAGUCACGGAAUCCGUUGGCAAGAGCGAAAACAAAAAAAAAUACAUCGUGUAGCACAUAGCAUUAACGAGAAAAAAGUAAUCAAACCGUUUCUAUCAGUUUAGCUUUUGUUUCGAUUUCCCACCCUCGUUCAAACCAACAGCUCGGCUGGCUACCUUGGUUCUAUCAUUCGUAAGCUUGGAAGUACAACAGUAUACGCAUACCAGACCGUAGUCUAAUUUUUCACUAACAAAAAAGUCCGCUAUUUAAAAGUAAAUAUCAUCCCCUUUGAAAUUUAUUUUCGGCUGGGAAUUGUAGGGUCAACAAUCUGUUUUCACAGCUUUCAAUAUCAAAUGCUUAUGACGACCUAAAAUAUUGUGAAUAACUUGAGAUGAAAUGUUUUCUUUUCUGUCUAGUUUGUUGAAAAAAAAACCUGAGUUCAAGCAUUUUCAGAUAAUUACUUUUUGUUCCCUAAUUAAUAUUAAUGACCACGACGUUUGAAUUAAAAUUUUACAAUUCAAUUGAUAAUAGCUAAAACCUAUAUGUUCCGUGCUUUGCUAUCAGUACAUAACUUUUCGGGACGUCCUGUUUUCCUCCUAAAAAUCCUACCUCUUUCAGUGUCUCAUAACCUAGCUAGUGCAGAGAAAGAGAGUAAAAUUUCCAUCCAGAAAAAAAAGUUCUACAGUAUUCAGCGCCUUUCGAAAUAAAAACUUAACACACACACACAGAAACCAAAUCGAGAUAGAACAAUGCUAUAGUGAACAGACAAAAAAUUGAAUAUUUAAAUAAAUAGUGAGAAAAACGCGCAAGAACAAAAAACACCUGUACUUCUUCAACCUGCAAUCGAAAUACUACUACCACAACUACUACUAGCACCGUGAAAAGCGAUAGAAUAUUAGCAGCAAAGGGCAGUCACACCGAAAAACGAGAGAAAAUUUCAUUACCAGACAUAAAAAAAACGAACACAAAAGCUAAAAGAAUUUAAAGCUAGUAGGAAAAAUCGGAUUGUUUUUUGUGUUUGGUUCCUAGCGAAACCGCAACCGCUUUCUGUUUCCAAGUUUUGCAUUUCAAAAUGAAAAUUAAAUUAUAUUCAAAUGAGUGUUGUGAGUCCUAGGAUGAAACACGUAACGAGAAAAAAAACAAUACCCGUUGUUUCAGCCAAGCCACGUUAUCUAGGACGACGACGCGACUAGCAUACCAGUACUGAGCGGAUCGGAUUUAGAGGAGUUUGGGUUGAACUGAAAUUGGAACCAUUUAGUCGUAGCAGACGGAAGAAUCAGAGCAGAUGGGUAACUGUUUUUGCUCUAAACUGUUUGUUUUUGGGCUGUUUUUUUCUUUUCACGGGGAUAGGAAGACUCAUUAGCGCGGUAGAGCGAAAUUCCGCAGUAAAUUGUGAAAAUUAGAACAAUAUUUUGUGCUAAAACAGUAGAUAAAGUCCAAACGUAAGGUGGCAUAGUCGUGAAAUUUAAGUUAGGAGCAACCCCCCAAAAUAGUGAGAUGGAUGAAAUCAAGUAUGCGUAUGAAUGGGUCCGAAGAUUAAUCAAAGUAGAAAUACAGAUGGAAGAAUUAAACAAGCUGAUACUUGUGUGCGUUAAGGUAGGCAGUUAAGAGGGAAAAGCGAGAAAAAUGUGAACAAAGUUACUGUAAAUCAAGAGCAAAUGUUGUAAAACUGAAAUACUAAAUGAAAACAAGUGGAAAAAGCAAUACGAAAGUAAAAUAAAUUUAGAUAUCAAAGUAG